UGGAAGAGAAGAGCGCAGAGCAACGUGCAGGACGAUGCGGGGGUUUCUCAACUCCGUGGCACUCGUCUCUUCUGAAGGAUAGGCUUUACCUAUCCCCUUCUAAAUUAUAUUUUUGUAGGAUUUUGAUCAUUUUUUUUUUCAUCCAAGACUGUCUCCGGACCAAUAUUUUGCAUUCUGAUCGGAAUGGACGACUGCAGUUGAUUUCUCUGUCUCAACUGAAUGCCCAUGGCGUAGCGAAUUAGAGGCACUUUGAGUGAAGGACGCGUUGGUUUACUUACAAUCAUUCAACAGAUAAAAACCAUCCGCGGAUCAAAGUUGAUCUGGAUAUCUGCUUGCCUGGACAGAACGCAACCAUGGCGGAUGCUGCAGCCGAAUACGGCGUGAAAGUAAUGUGCCGAUUCAGGCCACUAAAUGAAUCCGAAAUAACAAGAGGAGACAAAUACAUCCCCAAAUUUAAAGAAGACGACACCGUGGUUAUAACUGGUAAACCGUAUGUCUUUGACCGCGUCCUGCCUCCCAAUACAGCCCAGGAGCAGGUCUACGAUGCCUGUGCCAAACAGAUUGUUAAAGACGUCCUUGGAGGAUACAAUGGAACCAUCUUUGCCUAUGGACAGACCUCCUCGGGGAAGACCCACACCAUGGAGGGCAAGCUCCACGACCCCCAGCUGAUGGGCAUCAUCCCACGCAUCGCUCACGACAUCUUCGAUCACAUCUACUCCAUGGACGAGAACCUCGAGUUCCACAUCAAGGUCUCGUAUUUUGAAAUCUACCUGGACAAGAUCCGAGACUUACUAGAUGUGUCGAAGACCAACCUGGCUGUGCAUGAGGACAAGAACAGAGUUCCCUAUGUCAAGGGUUGUACAGAACGCUUUGUGUCCAGUCCAGAGGAAGUCAUGGAUGUCAUCGAUGAGGGAAAGGCCAACCGGCACGUGGCUGUGACAAACAUGAAUGAGCACAGUUCCAGAAGUCACAGCAUCUUCCUGAUCAACAUCAAACAAGAGAAUGUGGAAACAGAGAAGAAACUGUCAGGGAAGUUAUACCUGGUGGAUCUGGCUGGUAGUGAGAAGGUCAGUAAGACAGGUGCUGAAGGAGCCGUGUUGGACGAAGCUAAAAAUAUCAAUAAGUCCCUCUCUGCUCUGGGGAAUGUCAUCUCUGCUCUGGCUGAGGGGACUAAAACCCACGUCCCGUACAGAGACAGCAAGAUGACCCGUAUCCUGCAGGACUCUCUAGGGGGGAACUGUAGGACCACCAUCAUCAUCUGUGCAUCUCCCUCUAUCUACAACGAGUGUGAGACCAAGUCUACCCUCAUGUUCGGACAGAGAGCCAAGACCAUCAAGAACACAGUGUCUGUGAACCUGGAGCUGACUGCUGAGGAGUGGAAGAACAAGUACAACAAGGAGAAAGACAAGAACAAGAGUCUGAAGAACGUCAUCCACAGACUGGAGAUGGAGCUCAACCGCUGGAGGAACGGUGAGAACGUCCCUGAGGAGGAGCAGCUGAGUGCUAAGGAGCAGAAGCACCUGGAGCCGUGUGACAACACUCCCAUCAUAGAUAACAUGGCUCCAGCUAACGGCCUGGUCCUGGUCUCCACCGAGGAGAAGAGCAAGUACGAGGAGGACAUCAGCAAUCUGUACAAACAACUGGACGACAAGGAUGAUGAGAUCAACCAGCAGAGCCAGCUGGCUGAGAAACUGAAGGAACAGAUGUUAGACCAGGAUGAGCUGCUGGCGUCGACAAGAAGGGACUCUGAGAAGAUCCAUGAGGAUCUGUCUCGUCUGCAGACGGAGAACGAGGCAGCCAAGGAGGAGGUGAAGGAGGUGCUGCAGGCGUUGGAGGAGCUGGCUGUCAACUACGACCAGAAGAGCCAGGAGGUGGAGGACAGGAGCCAGGCCAACCAACAGCUGCAGGAGGAGCUGCAGCAGAGGACUACGGUCCUGUUGUCAGUUCAGAGGGAGCUGGUCACGCUCCAGGAGCUCAGUGGACACCAGAAGAAGAGAGCUGCAGAGAUCCUCCACCUGCUGCUCAGAGACCUCAGUGAGAUAGGAGCCACCAUGGGCACCAGCGACAUCAAGGUGAUGGUUGAGGGGAACGGUAACGGUGGAGUGAUUGAGGAAGAGUUCACCAUGACCCGUCUCUACAUCAGUAAGAUGAGGUCAGAGGUCAAGUCUCUGGUGAACCGCUCCAAGCAGCUGGAAAGCUCCCAGUGUGACAACUCACGCAAGAUGGCCGCCAACGAGAAGGAGCUGGCUUCCUGUCAGCUGCUCAUCUCCCAGCACCAGGCCAAGAUCAAGUCCCUGACAGACUACAUGCAGAACAUGGAACAGAAGAAGAGACAGCUGGAGGAGAGUCAGGACGCUCUGACUGAGGAGCUGGCCAAGAUGCACGCUCAGGAGAAAAUGCACGAGGUGUCAGUGGUGGACACGGAGAAGGAGCACAUCAGUAGACUGGAGGGUGAAGAGGAGAUUAAGAAGACUCUAGAACAGCAGAUGGAGGCUCACAGAGAGGCCCACCAGAAGCAGCUGGCCCGACUCAGGGACGAGAUCGAUGACAAACAGAGGAUGCUGGAUGAACUCACAGAUCUGAACCAGGGCCUGAUGCUGGAGCAGAGGAGGCUGAUGUCUGACCAUGAGAAGCUGAAGGUGGAGGAACAGGAGAAGGACAUGAAGCUCCAGAAGCUGGUCAUCUUCAACGAGCAGAGGGAGCAGGCCAGACAGGACCUCAAGGGAUUGGAGGAGACUGUGGCCAAAGAGCUGCAGACUCUUCAUAACCUACGCAGGCUCUUUGUUCAAGACCUCACAACACGUGUCAAGAAGAGUGCAGAGCUGGACUGUGAGGAUGGAGUGGGCAGCGCCGCCCAGAAACAGAAGAUCUCCUUCCUGGAGAAUAACCUGGAGCAACUCACUAAAGUCCACAAGCAGUUGGUGCGUGACAAUGCGGACCUGCGCUGCGAGCUUCCCAAGCUGGAGAAGCGUCUGCGGGCCACUGCCGAGCGGGUCAAGGCCCUGGAGAAUGCCCUGAAGGAGGCCAAGGAGAACGCUAUGAGGGACAGGAAACGCUACCAGCUAGAGGUGGACCGCAUCAAGGAGGUUGUCAGGGCCAAGAACAUGGCCAGGAGGGGAAACUCCGCUCAGAUCGCUAAGCCCAUCCGGCCAGGCCAACACCCCCUGUCUUCCCCUACAGUCAUCAGAGGAGGAGGCCUCUACAGCCACAGCUACAACCACAGCACCAAGUAACCAUGUAGAAUGUAGAUCCUGAGUCACGAGUGCAUGUGUGGUAGGUACAGACUGUCCCAUUCCCAGUAAGACCCCUCUGUCCUCAUCCUCCUGUCCUUCCUCUGGGUCUAGGAGUAAGACCCCUCUGUCCUCAUCCUCCUGUCCUUCCUCUGGGUCUAGGAGUAAGACCCCUCUGUCCUCAUCCUCCUGUCCUUCCUCUGGGUCUAGG